AUGGACUAAAAUAACUAAAAUUAGUUGAUUAUUAAAAACAACAUUCUCUAUUUGGCUAAACAAAGUGGUUAAGCCAUUCCUAGCCAAAGAAAUUUACUAAAUAAAUGGUUCUAAGAUUCUAUAAAGACCUAUAUAUUUGAGUCUUAUGCAUCUCCUCUGAUCGCAGAUUACCUAAAAUUAAAAACCUCCACAGAAGUCAAAGCCUUUAUCCACAAAAAAACAGACAAGAAUAAACCAAAAUACAUGGGAAUCAUUGAAUAAUAUUUUAUUUAUCUCAAAUAAUGCAAUAAAUAAGAUGCCUUUAUAAACAAACUUCAAUAAAUACUUUUGAAUCCUGAAGACAUUACUUCAAUGAAAAAUCAACUCUCUUACAAUACAAUGAAAACUGUUAGAAAAUAGUUCGUGUGUUUACUAAUCCUAAAAUACUUUGAAUUAUUUGGCCAAUAAGAAAUGUCCUCCUUUUAUGAUUUGUGGAACAUAUGCUUCCCCUAAGAACUUCAAGUCAAAAAAAAACUCUCUAGGUUUGAUAAAAAGAGCGAUAAUAAAGACUUAAAAAGCAUUCAUCUUAAAUAAGAUUUUGAUUAAGACAAAUCUUUACACAAUUUACACACUCCUAUUAACUUCUUAAAUCGCAGCACUUUUUUUUCCUCUAAAAAUUAAUCAGAAAUAUCUAACUAAGAAAUUUUCACAAUCUCAACUAUUUUAGGGAUAAAAAAUUAAUAUCAAGUAAAAUAAGAUCAAAGCUUUUAAAUUAGCAAUAACUUUAAUUUUAACUCUGAGAAAAAACCAAUAAAUAAUAGAAUAUUUGAAGAAGAAAGUUAUGAAGAAGAAUCUAUGAACCAUUAUCUGCAAUUUAAUAACUUUUCAAAUUCGUUCUAAAAUGAAUAAUAACAAUCUAUUUAAAUUAAUUGUGAUGAAGACUAUUUCGAAAAGUAUUAAAAUUAAUAAGAAUUUUUCAAUGUCUCAUAAGAUUAAUAGUGCUUUUAAUAAUAAGGAUAUUAUGAAGAUUAACUUUGUGAAAUUAGCUAUCCUUAAAAUUUUCAUUUUUAGUAAUAAAAUAAUAACUAAAACAUGAACUAAAUUAAUCAAAAUUGA